AUGACCAAAUGCGGAAAUUUCGGGGUUAAACCUGUUCUUCACGGUGAUAAUAUUUCUGAAGCUAAAUUAUACGCAAUGACUCUCGGUAAGGAGAAGAAGAUGAUGUAUAUAAACGGAUACGACCAUCCGAAUAUCAUAGAAGGACAAGGAAUUGCGGGUGUAGAAAUAUUGGAACAAAUUCCAGAUGUAGACGCAAUUAUAAUACCGGUAGGCGGCGGCAGUCUUAUAGCUGGUGUAUGUGCGUUCUCUAAGCAUCUUAAGCCUAAUGUUGAAAUUUAUGGCGUCGAAACUGAUUUAACCUGUAGUAUGGUAGAAUCAUUGCGGAAAAAUGAGCGAAUUUAUUUUCCUAUCGAUUCCACAAUAGCUGACGGUCUAGCAGUCAAUAAAGUUGGAGUGAACACUUUUCAUACCAUAAAGGGCCUUGUAGAUAAAAUGGUUGUAGUCAAAGAAGAUUGGGUCGCUCGUGCAGUGAUGCAUAUCGUCGAACAAGAGAGAUUUGUGGUUGAAGGAUCUGGAGCGGUUUCAGUCGCUGCUGUAAUAGCUGGUCUCUUUCCAAAUUUAAAGGGAAAAAAAGUGGUGUGCAUACUGACCGGCGGCAACAUCGAUACAACUAUACUCGCACGGGCGCUGGAGCGUGGCAUGGCAGCUGAGGGGCGGCUUGUGAAGUUCAAGGUGACGGUGAGCGACCGUCCCGGAGGCAUGGCCGAUCUUUGCUAUCUAAUGGCUAAUUGUGGCGUUACCUUACGCGACUGCAUACCGGAACGAGCGUGGGUGAAGGGAGAUGUGUUUCGUUGUGAGUUGAAAGUGAUAGCGGAAACAAGAGGAUGGGACCACACGAGAGAGCUCAUGGAUAUCAUAAAGAAAAAUUAUAAAGAAUAUUACUUCCCAGAUUUUGACGAACAGCCGGAGAAGUCCACCGCUCGUCGUGGGCCCUGUCUCGCACCCAAUCCAAUUUGCAUGCAAAACUUCAAAGAGCGCGGAGCUUUUUAUUCUCUAUCUAAACUAAGAACUGAACAAAAAGAAAUUGGUGUAAUCACGGCGUCUCUUGGAAACUGGGCUAUGAUUUUAAUAGACGAUGAUUGGAUAGCGAAAGCGCUAUUACAUUUAGUAGAAGAUGAAAAGUUUAUAGCAGAGGGCGCUGCCGCUGCACCCCUCGCAUCACUAAUGGCUCUUCCAAGAGCUUUAAUCGAGCUUAAAGAUAAAACAGUGGUUUGUGUUCUCAGCGGAGGUAAUUUAGAACCAAUUCUUAUUCGAUCUUUAGAAAGAGCUCAAGCGUUGGAGGGACGGAUAAUAACUGUAAACGUGACACUACCCGGACUAGAGAUAAGCAACCUGCAGAAAAUAUUUAAUAUUAUUGCAAAAUUAGGUUGCAAUGUAAUUCGACAUACUGUGGAGGAAUCUUGGGGAGUAGAAAGCUAUAUGAAUGACAUUAAUGAGGACUUCGAUGAAUUGUGCGACCCAGAAAACCCCAAAAAAAUUAAAUACGAGGAUGUAGUUGAUGCUGCUAGCCGAAGCCGACCACUGAUAACAGUAACACCAUGUUAUGAAUCACAACCGCAAAAUGCAUUUGGUAUGAAAUUGUACUAUAAAUUGGAAUUCGUUCUUAAAACUGGAAGUUUUAAAGAGAGGGGGGCUUUAAACGUUUUACAAAUGCUCCCACAAGAUAAGAAGAAAAUUGGGGUAGUUUUGGCUUCAAUGGGUAACCAGGCUAUUGGUAUCUGCUACUACGGCGGCAAACUGCAUAUACCCGUGGUCGUAGUAAUGCCAAAAGGAGUGCCACUUAUAAAACUACAGAUAUGUAAGAACUUUGGCGCAAAGGUGAUUGUGGAGGGCAACGACCUACAAGAGUCUCAGAAACAUGCUCGGGCUAUCGCAAGAGAUAAAGGACUCACAUUUAUUAACGGCCGCGAUCACCCACACGUUCUGAUAGGAUACGGAGGCGUCGCUUUGGAGAUACUGGAGCAAGUGCCGACCGUGGACGCCGUUAUAGUGCCAGUUGGUACCGGCGGCCUGGUAGCUGCGGUCGCUACUGUCAUAAAACACUCUAAGCCAAACUGUCUUGUUUACAUGUUAGUAGAAGAGGACUGGAUAGCUCGAGCUGUGUUACAUCUGGUUGAAAAAGAGCGAUUUGUGGUUGAGGGUGCUGGUGCGUGCACUGUAGCUGCAAUCCUCAGUAGUCUUGUACCGGAAUUGAAGACAAAGAAGUAA